UUCAUUCAUUCGCAAACAAACAAACAAAAGUAAUCGUUACAAGAAAAUCUAAAAAUAAUUGUUAUUUUUCCAAAUAAUAAUUUAAUCUUUGUGGUGGUCUUGCGUCACUAUAGUUUAGGGUAAAAUUCAAGACAGAGUUUUGUGUUUGUGAAUAUGUUGGUAUUUGCUUAGUUCCAGCAUUAUAAAAAUGCCUAAAAUACCGUAUAGAGCGGAGAAAUCGCGGGAGGAAGACGAAGAUUAUGAAAUCGUUUCGUUCGAGGAUUUCUGCGAUAAAUCGCCGGGGUCUAAAACGGAUUUGUUGACCUUAAAUGAUAAUAUUAACUACCGCCUCUGUUAUGAGAGUGAUAAGUCGCCUAAUAACGCGGCUAAGUACGGUGAGUCUUCGAGCAAGGAUGCCGAGAUUCACACGGAGACGUCCCUGAAUGGUUCGAAGAAUGUUACUUUCAAGAGGAAGAUGUCGAAUAGCUUUGCGCCCUUUGGGAGGUACAACGCCAAGUCUGGAAGGGCGCCUCUGUUUAGUGGGGUCAUACCCAAGGCUAGGAAUGAAGGCGAGGGUUCCCGGGAGCAUAGAUACCAACGCUUCUCCGAGCAACGCAACUGGAUCCACCGCGCUUGGGAGCAGGUGUCCACCGCUGGGCCGGGAAUGCUGGGCGUGGCGCUAGUGUGCGCGCUGUGCGUGGGCGCUUGGUGGGCGGCAAGCGGCGCCCUGGGCGGUGCCUGGGGCGAAGAGCACUAUAGGAAGCUAUGGGAGAGAGCUCACCCUGACAACACCAAGAAACCACCUACACCAAUCACGUACGAAAAGAUAUUACCGGAAUACCGCUACCACGACCACAACAACCUAAGCACGAAGAACAAGAGUAACUCCACGGAGUUCACCCGCAAGAAGGCGGAUCUCAACAAGAAGAGUUUCGUGGACCGACCGCCUGAGGUGUUAAAGGAUAUUUGCGCGAAGGUUGAAGAUAACUUGCGUUUUGACUGCUUCCCGCAGGCCAAUGCUAACGAGAAUGACUGUGUUAAGAGAGGCUGCUGCUGGCUCCAACCCGAACAGAAAGGCAAGAACAUCCCGUACUGCUACUACCCGCCGCAGUACGACUCAUUCCGAUUCCUCAACAUGACAGAAGACCGGCACUCCGCUAGCGUAUACUAUGAGCGAGCGCGCCCGUCCGGAUACCCGGAUGACUUUGAAGUGGCCCGGAUGGACUUCAAGUAUAUGUCGGAUGAUGUGCUCCAAAUCAAGUACGACUCAUUCCGAUUCCUCAACAUGACAGAAGACCGGCACUCCGCUAGCGUAUAUUAUGAGCGUGCGCGCACGUCCGGAUACCCGGAUGACUUUGAAGUGGCCCGGAUGGACUUCAAGUAUAUGUCGGAUGAUGUGCUCCAAAUCAAGUACCACUCGUUCCGUUUCCUCAACAUGACAGAAGACCGGCACUCCGCUAGCGUAUAUUAUGAGCGUGCGCGCCCGUCCGGUUACCCGGAUGACUUUGAAGUGGCCCGGAUGGACUUCAAGUAUAUGUCGGAUGAUGUGCUGCAGAUCAAGUACCACUCGUUCCGUUUCCUCAACAUGACCGAGGACCGGCACUCCGCUAGCGUUUAUUAUGAGCGAGCGCGCCCGUCCGGAUACCCGGAUGACUUUGAAGUGGCCCGGAUGGACUUCAAGUAUAUGUCGGAUGAUGUGCUGCAGAUUAAGUACGACUCGUUCCGCUUCCUCAACAUGACAGAAGACCGGCACUCCGCUAGCGUAUAUUAUGAGCGAGCGCGCCCGUCCGGAUACCCGGAUGACUUUGAAGUGGCUAAUGUUACUUACUGCUACUACCCGCCGCAGUACGACUCGUUCCGAUUCCUCAACAUGACCGAGGACCGGCACUCCGCUAGCGUGUAUUAUGAGCGAGCGCGCCCGUCCGGUUACCCGGAUGACUUUGAAGUGGCCCGGAUGGACUUCAAGUAUAUGUCGGAUGAUGUGCUGCAGAUUAAGAUAUACGACGCCGAAAACAAACGCUUCGAGCCGCCUGUCCCCGAGAUAGCUAUGGUGUCCAAGCCCAUAGACAACAUGAAGUUCCGAGUGGAGAUCAAUGGAUCGGCCGUCGGCUUCAAAGUCAUCAGAAACAGCGAUAAUGUUACCAUCUUCAACACAGAAGACAUGGGCGGCCUGAUACUCUCGGACAAAUUACUCCAGAUAUCCGCGGGGUUAUCCACCAAGUAUCUAUUUGGACUGGGCGAGAGGCGAGCCAAGUUUCUGAUCGACAUGAACUGGCAGACGUUCGCUUUGUUUAACAGGGAUAGAGUGCCUAUGGAACAUCAAAAUCUCUAUGGCACACAUCCGUUUUUCUUGGCUAUGGAUCCACAGAACCACAACAGCUAUGGUGUUCUGCUGCUUAACUCGAAUGCGAUGGACAUAGUCCUCCAACCAACACCGGCCAUAACCUACCGCGCCAUCGGAGGCGUUCUGAACUUCUUCGUGUUCCUCGGACCGUCGCCGAUGGAAGUGGCGGGCCAGUACGCGGCGCUGGUGGGCCGGCCCUUCAUGCCGCCCUACUGGUCGCUCGGCUUCCACCUGUGCAAAUUCAACUAUCUGUCGCUGAACACGACACGAAACGUUUGGAAAGCCAAUAGAGACGCGGGUAUUCCUUUUGACGUGCAAUGGAACGACCUCGACUACAUGAAGGAUGCGAACGACUUCACGUAUGACACCGUCGCGUACGCCGGCCUGCCAGAAUUCGUGGACGAACUGCAUAAGGAGGGCAUGCAUUAUGUUAUGCUUUUGGAUCCUGGUAUAAGUGCAUCGGAAAAACCCGGCUCCUACCCGCCAUACGACAAGGGCAUAGAAAUGGAUGUGUUCAUCAAGAACGGCACCAACCAACCGUUUAUUGGGAAGGUAUGGAACCGAGAAAGCACGGUGUACCCAGACUUCACCCACCCGAACGGAACUCAGUUUUGGGUGGAUAUGAUGACCGAUUUCCAUAAGAAGGUCAAAUACGACGGCGCGUGGAUCGACAUGAACGAGCCGUCCAAUUUCGUGGACGGUAUCAAGGAAGGCCACUGCUCCGAUGAAGAAUUACCUUACAAGCCGCACACACCGGACCCGUAUCUGCGAGCUCAUACGCUAUGCAUGGACGCCAAGCAAUACUCCGGCCCGCACUAUGAUAUGCACAACUUGUACGGGCUGACUGAAGCUAUUGCGACGAAUUUCGCGCUAAGCGACAUCCGCGGCAAGCGUCCGUUCAUAAUCUCGCGCUCGACGUUCGUUGGCUCGGGCAAGUUCACCGGCCACUGGAGCGGCGAUAUUGCCAGCGAGUGGCAUGACAUGCGGAUGACUAUACCUGAGCUGCUGAACUUCAACUUAUUCGCCAUCCCGAUGAUGGGAGCCGACAUUUGCGGCUUCCGUGGGAAUACAACUGUGGAACUGUGCCGGCGCUGGAUGCAGCUGGGAGCUUUCUAUCCUUUCUCGAGAAACCACAACUCGGACAGCUCAAGCCCACAAGACCCAGUAAGCUUGGGCCCGUCAGUAGUGUCGGCGAGCAGAACGGCGCUAAGACUGCGUUACGCGCUGCUACCGUAUUACUACACGCUGUUCUUCGCUGCGCAUGUGUAUGGAGAGCCUGUUAUAAGGCCCGUGUUCUUUGUUGACCCAGACAACGAGGACCUCUACGACAUCGACGACCAGUUCCUGAUCGGGGCCCACGUCAUGGUGACCCCCCUGCUGGAGCGGGGGGCCAGCACGGCCACGCCGCUGUUCCCCGGCCCGCACGACUGGCACCACAUCCGCACCGGCACCAGUAUAGGGCACGGGAGGAAGGCCGUCGUGGAUGAGGACCACACGGUCACUGUCUGGCGGGGGGCCAGCACGGCCACGCCGCUGUUCCCCGGCCCGCACGACUGGCACCACAUCCGCACCGGCACCAGUAUAGGGCACGGGAGGAAGGCCGUCGUGGAUGAGGACCAUACGGUCACUGUCAGGGAUCAGUUCCUGAUCGGGGCCCACGUCAUGGUGACCCCCCUGCUGGAGCGGGGGGCCAGCACGGCCACGCCGCUGUUCCCCGGCCCGCACGACUGGCACCACAUCCGCACCGGCACCAGUAUAGGGCACGGGAGGAAGGCCGUCGUGGAUGAGGACCACACUUAG